AUGAAGAGUGACAGCGAUGACAAAGGCAGCUUAGUUGUUGGUCUGUUCAUCCUGGGGGGUGCUAUCACCACUAUGAUAUAUUGCGGAAUCCGACAACUUAUUGAAACAAUGCCGACAUAUGGCGUUCGAGACAUUUCUUCGGAUCAAGUCAAGUACAUGCGGGGUGUUCGGCGGAGGAAUCUGAGCUGGCUAUGGUAUAACUCUCGGACAGAAGAUAUUGCCUCGGCGGCGUGA